AACCACAAAUAAAUUAAUCGUAAAAAAAAUCUAUACAAAAAACAAAAUUGAAACGCCAAAAAACCAUAAACAAAGUCAAAGCUUUUUCUGAACUAAAAAACCACACUCAUUUUUGAAAUAUUUACAUAAGCUAGUCUGUAAAUAUUGGGACAGUUUUGAAAGAAAAGUACAGUUGCGAUUAAGCCAUAUCGCCGGAAUCUGACAAAAGGAAAAGCUAUGGCCGAAUGUUCGUUCGCCAGAUGUCUGCAAGAGCGUCGGCUCAUCAAGCGGGAGCUACUGAAAUGGUCCAAGGAUAUGCUGCACAUUGUGGGCCUAGAACGCGUUGCUGAAGAAUUUAUGGGUCGCCGGCAAUGGAAACAUUAUCAAGAGCAACUGACGCGCAGCCACUUGAAUAUCGAGGAGCAACAGCCCAUAGCAAUAGAAGGUUCCGAGGACGAGCCACCGCAAUACAACCACAGCAGCAAGGAGAGCAAACCCAACCACUGUAAAACAGAGAACCACCGUCUAGAGCAGUACCACAACGGCAGUCAGCUGCUGGAAGAAGAUUUUGAGAACAACCAAACAUCACACGAUUCAUCACGUACACCAUCACCGGGAGCCACCAGUACACCAUCACCACCGCCAGAACCCAACGAUUGGAGACCGUCGGCCAAGUGCAAUUUCUGUGUUAACGGUCGCCUGCUAACGGUGAACGCCCAGGGCGAAUUGGUGGCCGAAACCGUAGCCACUAGCAGCAGCACUAGUAGUAGCCACAUUCAUCAGCACGACAGUGACAGCAACUCGAGCACAUCACUGCCCCACCACAACAGCAACAGCAACAGCAACACCAACAACAACAGCAGUGGCAACAGGGCUCGCCACAUUGCUGCUGCAACAGCAACACCAACAGCGGCAACAUCCGCGAAUUCGCUCGAACUGUACAAGCUGCUGACCCAGCGGGCAGCCAAGAUGACAUCGAUGGACUCGAUGGCCGCCCACCUGGCGCAGUUCUCGCUGCUGGCCGACUUCAACCUGAUCAACUCGCUGGCCAGCCAACAGCAGCAGCAGCAACAGCAGCAGCAACAGCAACAGCAACAGAUCGCUAGCUCGGUGACGCCAACUACCUCAGAAGUAUCUGCAGCCGCAAUCAGUCCCGCACUCAAAGAUACGCCCAGUCCCAGUGCAGAUGCACCGCUCGAUCUUAGCAGCAAGCCAUCGCCGAACUCAUCGAUUAGCGGCGAUGUGAAGUCCGUCAGAGCAUGUGCCACGCCCACGCCGUCGGGAAGGAGGGCGUACAGCGAGGAGGACCUGAACCGGGCGCUGCAGGACGUGAUGGCCAACAAGAUGGAGCCAAGGAAGGCCGCCAGCCAGCACCACGUGCCGCGUUCGAUCCUGGACAACCGGCUGUUCAAGAUGCAGCACGACCUCGACCAGGAUCCGGACGGCGAGGAGCCCGACGACUCCAACGACGACGGCGAGGCGGAGGUGGACAGCAACGCCUCGACGCCCGCUCCAGCCUACCCAGCGGAGUUCGCCCGGUCGCAGAUCCGCAAGCUGAGCCACCAGUCCGAGCACAAUGGCAGCGAUCUGGGCGAGGAUCUCGACCGGGGAUCGCCGAAGAUGGGGCGCCUCCCGGAUGCCGGCAGUGCGAGUGCCAACCAGGGGGCCAUGCUGGACGCCAACAUCCUGCUGCAGACUCUGAUGCUGGCCGCGGGGAUUGGGGCCAUGCCCAAGCUGGACGAGCGGCAGACGGUGGGCGAUCUGAUCAAGGGCAUCCUGGUGGCCAACAGUGGGGGCAUGAUGCCCGCCAGCCAGGAGCUGAGCAACGGCAACGCCUCGCUGCUGCAGCAGCAGCAGCUCCACCAGCAGCAGCAGCAGCAGCACCACGUCGCCGGCUAUCGCCAUCGCCUGCCCAAGUCGGAGACUCCGGAGACGAACUCCUCGCUGGACGCCGGCGAUGCCAGCGAGGAUCCCAUACUGAAGAUUCCGUCCUUCAAGGUCAGCGGCAGCAGCCUGUCGCCGGGCGGUGGCGGCCCGCACCACCACCCGCUGAACAACAACAACAGCCUCAGCCUGAGCCUCAGCAGCAGCGCCAGCAACAACAGCAGCAGCAGCCACCGCAACGGCAGCAACCGCAGUCCGCACACCGCCUCGCCCAUGCUGGCGGCCGCGGUGACCCAGGGCGGCUACCCCGCCGGCAACAGCCUGCUGGCCGUGGCCGCCUCCUCGUCCAGCAUCCAGAAGAUGAUGGCCAGCAACAUCCAGCGGCAGAUCAACGAGCAGAGCGGCCAGGACGGACUGCGCAACGGGAACGUGAGCGACUGCAGCAGCAACAACGGGCAAUCCUCGUCGCUGGGCUACAAGAAGCCGAGCAUUUCGGUGGCCAAGAUCAUCGGAGGGACGGACACCUCGCGGUUCGGGGCCUCGCCCAACCUGCUGUCGCAGCAGCACCACCCGGGCCACCACCUGACCCACCAGCAGCAGCAGCAGCAGCUGAGCGCCCAGGAGGCGGCCGCCCUGGCGGCGGGCAAGGGAACGCGGCCGAAGCGGGGCAAGUACCGCAACUACGACCGCGACAGCCUGGUGGAGGCGGUCAAGGCGGUGCAGCGGGGCGAGAUGUCCGUCCACCGGGCGGGCAGCUACUACGGCGUGCCGCACUCGACGCUCGAGUACAAGGUGAAGGAGCGCCACCUGAUGCGGCCGCGCAAGCGGGAGCCCAAGCCGCAGCCCGACCUCGCCGGCCUCACCGGGCCGGCCCACAAGCUGCAGCUGGACAAGCUGAAGGCCGGGCCGCACGGCGGCUCCAAGCUGAGCAAUGCCCUGAAGAACCAAAACAGCCAGGCGGCGGCAGCGGCGGCGGCGGCAGCAGCAGCGGCCGCAGCAGCAACGCCCAAUGGGCUGAAGCUGCCGCUGUUUGAUGCGGGUCCGCAGCAGCUGUCCUUCCAGCCGAACAUGUUCUGGCCGCAGCCGAACGCCACGAGCGCCUACGGCAUGGACUUCAACCGGAUCACGGAGGCGAUGCGGAACACCCAGGCGGCCAACCACCACGGACCGAUGAAGAGCGCGCUGGAGAUGGCGGAGAACAUGUACGACGGCAUCAUCCGGAAGAAGCUGCAGGCGGGCGAGGGCAACGGCAGCUCGGCGGGCAAUGGGAGCAGCAAUGGCAAUGGCCAUGGCCAUGGACACGGGCACGCCCUGCUCGACCAGCUGCUGGUGAAGAAGACCCCGCUGCCGUUCACCAACCACCGGAGCAACGACUACGCCGCCACCUGCUCGAGUGCCAGCGGCGAGAGCGUCAAGCGGUCGGGCAGUCCGCUCGGCGGCUAUGCGGACAUCAAGCGGGAGCGGCUGAGCGCCGACAGCGGUGGCAGCAGCGACGAGGAGCACUCCGGCCACAUCAACAACAACAACAGCGAGCUGGCGCACAACAAGAACAGCAGCAAGGGAAGUGGCGGUGGAAGCGGAGGUGGAGGUGGCAAUGGCCAGGCAAAUGGGAACGGGAGGAGCAGCCGGAUGACCUCGCGGGACGACUCGGAGACGGAUGCCAGCAGCAUGAAGAGCGGCGAGAGCGGCGGCGUUGGCCACCCGAACCACCACAAAAUCAUGGAUCUCAAUGGCAGCAGCAGCAGUCACAUCAAGUGCGAAUCGGAGGCGGGGGCGGCGGAGAUUCCGGGCAGUCCGGGCGGCCACGUGGGCUCCAUACUGCACGAGAAGCUGGCGCCGAUCAAGGCCGAGCAGGUGGAGCAGGCGGAGCAGUUAUAGGAGCAGCCGAUGGCCACUGGCAAUCCAGCGUUCGCCUGGCCACCGCUGGCCGCCCACUACUACAGCUUCUAGGGGGAGAAACCAAAUCAAGCCACGUCUUUUGAUAGUACCAUACGAAACACUAUAUAGGAAUAUAGGAUACUAUACUAUAUGUGCGCCAGCCGCCAGCCAGCUGACCGAUGUGGUAAAUGUGCGCUAGCUCUUAGUUAAAUGUGUAAUCAACUGCGUAGGAGGAAAACAAAAACAAAAACAAAACAAAGGUAAAACUACAAAAAAAAAAAAAUCAAAAAACAGCAAGCGAAGAAACAUACAUUUGUGCCCCGGAGUGUACGAUGUAUAUUUUUGUUUCGUUUUGACAAUCGACAAAUAGGCAUUCUCUUGUACAAACUUUCUUAAAAGCAAACGAAAAACAAAAAGAAAAACAAAAACAAAACUAAAACUAAAACCUUAAGACCAAAAAACAAACUGAGCAAAACCAAGAACCAUUUUCAUUUUGCAUUUCGUUUCGAACCGCAUUUUUGUGUUGAGUAUAUUUUUAUUGAACAGAACCAGCAGUCCAAUGCGAAAAUAUACAGAUAUAGCCAACAGCAAAUCAGCAAAGCAGUUACAAGCCAACAACUUAAUCGACGACUGUUUGGGCUGCUCCUUGGUCCUCGAGCUCUGAAAUUCGCACAUUCCAUAAGAGUAUCUUAUGUUUUCCACAAUUUAUAUAGAAGUUCUUUGGAUUCUAACAGUCUAAACUUCGGCUCAUAAGGACCAAGACCCCAGGCAGUCGUCUUCGACAUAGACAGAAUGAGUAUAGCCAGCAACAACUACAAUAACUACAGCAAAGACCAUACUAAACAAGCAACAUCAAUAUCCGAUCAAUAACAACCAACCAAGCAAUAAUAAUACAAGACUCUACAAUACAAAGAAGAAACAGACACCAAAUCAGUGAAAUAGCUAAAUUCAAAAGUAAACCAGAAAAACAAAACGAAAAACAAAACAAAAUUAUCCACAAAAAUUCUACAUUUUUUAUGAUUUCAAAUGAUGAAAAUACAAACGGAAAUCAAUAAACAAAGCUGCCUUCACAUUUACAAAUUAAAUAAAUUAGUAAGCAAAGCGAGACAGAGCACACAAAAUAAUAAUUCAAAAUAAACGCAAACGCAGAGUAAAACCAAAAUUUCAAAAACAAGAGUCCCCAAAUUAAACUUCCGUUUAGCAAAUUCAAAAAACCCAAGACCCCUAUUAAAACCUAAAAAACUUCUCCAAAUACAUACGAGUUAAUUAUCAUUUAAACAAAUUGCACACGUAUUGAACUAAAUUAAGCAAAAUUAAAAUGUUUCGGUGUUAAAAAAAAAAUAUAUGAAAAACUAAAAAAAAAUUAUCUGUGUUUAGGCUUUAAAACGGAAAUUUGAAUCGAAAAUUUCAACAUUUCGGCUUAAGGGGCACAACUAGUGUGACGGCCUAAAAAAAUGGUGAUUUUUGGGAAUUUUUAUAAAAAAAACUACUGGAUCAAUUCUUUUCAAAUUUUCAGAAUA